AAAGCAACCCUAAAGAGCCGAUAAUGUAGUUCAGUGGACAAUAAAAGAUGUCAAAACAAUUUUUUUUUAUGUGAAAAUUUGUUUAUCAUUAUAACGUCGCAAACCACGGAUAUGCUUUCUGGUUGGUACUGUCGCUCCAUGGCGAACCAACAAGCCACUCCAGCCGAUGAGACAGAUCCCAAUGUGGAUGAAGAUUCCGGAUCAGAUGAUGAUAGCCAUGAGCAACAGCGCACUCAGUCAGCUUUAGGCAUUGGAGGUGGAAGUGGCAAUGGCGGCGGAAAUAGUUCAGGUGCCACUAAUGCCGUAGAUUAUAAAACACAAUACCGUUAUCUAAAACGCAAACUCAAAUUUUUGAUAUAUGAAAAUGAAUUCUUUCAAGAUGCACUACGUUCUAACCAACGUAGAUUGUUAAAAGUAUCCAGAGAUCGUGCUUUCUUACUAGAUCGUUUGCUACAAUAUGAGAAACCAGAAAACACGUCUUCGGAAAGCGAUGAAACUGACUCGUCAGAAGAUGAAGCCAGCAAGGAAGCAAAAAAGCGGAAGCUUGAACAAAAUGCUACUGCGAAUGGCGGUGGAACUAGUACUGGAUCCACUCGAGGACGCAAAAAGAAACUGCAACAAGUUCCACCGAAUGAAAUUUCACAAACUCUCAAACAACAUACCGAACGGGUCCAGCAACCUCAGCAAGUCGCAGUUUCUGACGUGGAGAAACCGCGGCAAAUACAAAUGACCGCAGCGGAAGUUGAACGUCAUUUGCAAUCGAGGCAAAAUGUCAUGGAGUUUGUACAAGAUCGUGCUCCUGCCACUGUGCCAACAGAAAUGUUUAGCAACGAGCCAUCCUUAGAUAGCGAAUCAAAUGAUCACAUUGUAGACGGCUCUUCUCCCACUCAUGUUGCUGCUGAAGAGUGUGUACAAAUGGAAUAUGCAAAUUAGGCAUUGAAUAUUUCAUUUUACCAUGUAAAGUCACUUUAUUACACAUUAAAAUGAAUACUUCAUAUGUAUUAAUGUAA